AUGUCCCUGUGCAGGACACCAGUGUCAUUUGCCUGGGCAAGGCACAGGGUCAGCUGCUUGACAAAGCCAGGAACCAGCUCGCUUCUGAUUGUCAGUCUUGACUUUCAGAUACUCGCUAUUGGCUGGCCACAGUACUCCAUGAGCACAAACUCCAGCCGGUAUCCAUUGAGGUGUGAUGAGCAGGCCCUCGAAAAGAUCUCGGAAUACCUCGACUGGUCUCUUGUUGAGGAUGGCGUAUGCGGCACCCUCGGGCAAACGAUUGACUGGGGUCCAGGAAAGCUUCAGCACAGCAUCAUGCUUCCCAUUGAAUUUCCCCCGAAUAAAUGGACAUGGCGCCAAUCAUGUAUGAAUAACGCGCUAUUGUCUCCUUGA